GCCGCGGACAACCGUGUCCCACGCCGAACGAGCACGCAGCCACCAUGAUCCAGUUCGACGAGCACGGCUUUCGCCGCCGGGUGGAGGAGGCGGUGGUCACGCUGCAAAAGCUGCUGCAUUCCACGCGUCGGCCGACCUUCACUCGUACCAAGACAAGUACCUCCUAGCCGAAUUUCUCACAAAUUGCGGCCUCGCCGCGCAGUGCACCUGCCUCGAAGCGCUUGGCGUGGGCACCCAACAGCUUGCCACGCUCGUCGAGUGGAGCGCGAGCGAGACUGUCACCCUGCGCCUCGCCGGGCGGCAGCGCUGCACCUUCCUCCGCGAGGAGGAGCGAGAGGUCGAGUCCAAGGCCAAGGUCGUCAAGGAGAGCACUAUCUUCGGCAAGUCCGAGCAAAAGGUGGUCACCCGGGUCAACGAGUGGUUCUGGAAGAUCGACGUUGAGUGGGAGCUCGUUGCGUACGCCGGCACGAUGGGUGGCCCGCGCCAGCUGCGGCUGCAGGGGCGCUCGGGCUCGGCCCAGCUCAAGACAACAACGUCGGCGACGCCAGAGCCCGCCGGCCAGGUCGAGUUCAUCCCGACAGAGGUUCCGAUAACCUGGCUGCUGCAGCAAGUCAAGCUGCCGGGGGGACUGGUGGGAGCGGCGCACGUUCUCAGCUUCAAGAUUGACCGCGACGCCGAGGGCUGCCGCACGCCCCGGCGCAACCCGCAGGUCGAGGCAGCGCUGCACGCCGCUCGCGAGCUGUGCGCGUGGUCGAAGAGGGUCUGCCAAUUCAUGAACCAGCGCAUCUUCUCCAAGGCGGAGCGCUGCGCAAAGGUGCAGGCGCACACCGGCCGCGACGGCUUCCUCGCUUUGAUCGCCUCCACUCACCAGCCAAGCGAGCUCUUUGUGCCAGUCCUCCCCCUCUUCGAGGCGCGGGCGGCGGAGGAAGAGGCGGACGCAGCCGGCGGCGACGGCGACGGCGGCGACGGCGACGGUACGCUCGUGAGCGUCACCGCGGCGGCGGCCGAGGCGGCGUCCACCCCGGUCCUCCGCAUCGGCGACAUAAACGCGAUGCUGGCCGAGCAGCGGCGCGCAUUGGAGGCCAAGUGGGCCACGCUCGCCGACGCCUGCCCGCCAGCGGACGACGGCUCCCUCCUCUCGCCCGUCGAGCUGAAGCUCUCCAUCGCGGUCAAGCACUUGGACGACUGCUGCUCGCAGCUCUCGCAGGGCGUCGACUACAUCGAGGCGAUGCUCAAGAAGCAGCUGCUCGACGCCGUCGGGCGCUUGGUCACUCCCGCAGAUUUCCAGCGGUACAUGGACUUCCACGGCCAGCGCCUCUUCAAGCCCGAGUAUGCGCCCAAGCCCUUCUGCUUCGCCGUCCGCCGCCCCGACCACUACCCGGAGGGCACGCUCACCAUCGAGCACCUCUCGCCGGACCGCUCGCGCGGCGCAAUCCACACCAGCGGCGCAAUCCACACCAUCUGCCGCCGCGUGGCCGAGCCGGUAGCGCCGAUGAGCUUCGCGCUCGACGCGGCCACGCGCGUCAGCUUUACCGGCGAGCGCUUUGUGCACGCGUACGUCGCGCACCAGUUUGGCGACCCGCCCUCCCCUCCUCCUUCACCACCGCCACCGAACUGGCGGUCUCCGCCCGCGCCGUGCACCGGUUCCGGUGCGUCAGUACUCAUGCUGGGCGCACGCGCGCGGCAGUUCUCCUCGUUCAUGCUGCUGCUUGGCCGUAUGGGGCCGGCAGGCACCUUCGAGCAGAAGCACGCCCUCAUCCUGCAGAACAAGGACGCGGUCGACAUCCCGCUGAUGCUCGAGGCGCUGCCGUCAGCGACGGAGUUCCGCGACGCGAUCUCGAGCCUGUCGCCGGAGCAGCAGCGCUUCGCCAAGGCGUACCGCGCGAUGCAGCUCGAGGGGUCCGUCUUCGGCAUCCUCGUCAUCCAGCUCAAGCCGCAGCUCGAGGCGCUGCUCAAGCUGCCCCACGACGCGCUGACCAAGGAGAUCGCGCUCACGCAGCAGCUGCUCGACCUCUUCAUCCAGUACCAGAUCCCGUCCGACCUGCUCACCUACGCCGGGCCCGCCUCUGCGUCGCCCGAAGAGAAGCUCGAGGCCGUGCGUGGGCACGUCGCCGCCAUCUACAAGAUGGUCGAGGCGGCCAAGGAGGGCGAGCUGCAUGCCGCCAGGCAGCAGGCGAUGAUGGAGCAGCCAUUUCAUGAGUACGCGGAGUCGUUUGGUGACACGAGCGCCGGAUCACCGCCGCGCCGCAAUGCCCGCAGCAUCCAGCGCACAGCCAGCAGCGCCUCUGCCG